CCCCAACGGUGGCCGUCGAUGGAGAGCUGUGCAGCAGGAGGGGUCCGGUAGUUGCUGGGACCAUGAAGUUUUGGCUAUGGGGAUACCUGGUAAGUUGUGUUGUUCUGCAGGCUGCCAAGGGGGAGGGCAGCCCAGCGGUGCCAGCCGCGGCGAUCGAUGGCGCUGGGCACUUGCCAGAAAGAUUGGCUGCAGGGUAACAAGCAGGGCCCAGGGAGCUGCUAAAGGGCGCCCUUCCCACCCAUCAAAGUCCACAGUCUUUGGGGGGUUGCCUAUCAUCCCCUGCCUGGAGAAGACCUGGGAUGGGAACGCCAGAUUUUGAUGAUCAGGGUUUCGAGUUUAGCCUCUCGGUUAAAGCCAGACAGUUUGUCACCAGGGAGGACCGCAAGACUUGUGCGGUUGGGCAGGGAUCUUGGAGAGAGGAGUGCUGGGUGUGUGUGUGUGUGAAGCUGCUGGAGUAGGGACCCCUCAGCAAUCAGGGUGGCAGGAGACAUUUCCAAUUCUAGCCCUGUGAAAACCAACCCUGCCAGGUGGGCUGGGGGCAUCAUCUCAAUACUGCAAACGGGAGAAAGGGGGCAAAAACCCCAGGUUCAAGGGAACCUGCUUGCUGCAGACUUGCACCUUUCAGAGAGGGGGUGUCCGCAGUGGCUCUAACAGCAGGUAGAAAACGAGGCUCGCUUGGCUCCCCUUUGGGUGCGCGGGACCGAGGACGCUGCUCGGGUGGCCUGAACCUGAGGAUGUGGGAAAAAUCUUGCGCAUAUUCCCAAGUUAGACCGCCCUGGACUUUGGACACCCUGGAGAGAAACCAAAUUAGCAAAGCACGAAGGAAUGGAAGGGGCUGAUAAGGCAUCUGUCAACGCUGCAGGCUUAGAGGGCUGAUCCUUUUCCUGUUAGUGUGGGGAUUCCUGGACCCAGCCCUGCCUGCCCCCGCCCGGCCCGUGUGCGACCAGAGCGUCAUGAACAAGUUCAUCCAAGACGCCAGCAAGAUGGAGAACGAAAUUGUGGAACUUUGCGAGGAUUCCUGCGACUUGCCGGAACACGUGACGGUGACGGACACGAGGGUGCAUUUUCCUGACUGGAGAGCAAUGAAUAGGUCCAGGCAGGCCUUGGAGGUGUGGCAGGGCCAGGCCCUCCUUUCCGUGGCCAUCGGCCAAAUCAAAACCCAGCAGCCGAGGAUGCGGCCCUUCCUGCGCCAGCUGGAGGUGAUGGAGAGCGGCCUCCGGAGCAUCCGGGAGAUCCUGCGCCGGCACAAUGCCCAGGCAGAUCCCCAGGAUGAGGCGUCCCCCCGGACUUUGAGUGUGCAAACUGUGAAAAAACUGUUCAGCGUUUACUCGAGUUUCCUCCGCGGAAAGGUCAACCUGUUCAUCGCCAGCGGGUGCCAGGGGAAUGGCAGGUGAUGGGGAAGGGCUGCUUCCAGGCCACUCUGCAUGCCUCCCCAUGGUGGGGGGAUGCCCUUUGGAGGCCAGCUGACGGGGGUCCGCUUGCUUUAUCGGCUGCUUGAAGGACACAUUCGCACACGCGCCCGGCACCCGGCUCAGCCUGUGCAGAUGGCGAUUCUCUGUUCCAUGCUCUUGCUGGAUUGGGCAGCUGAGGAGCCGCCGAAAGUCACUUCUGCACGCUUCUAGGUGCCCCCUGACUCUGGGACCCAGUGCGCGUCCUGGCUGGCCCUGCACUGCGCGGGAGCAGAGGGGCCGGGCCGGGCCAGCCUCGGAGGGCCGCCUUCUCCAGGGAGACAGUGGCAGGGGAGGCUGCUCUGCUCCAGGGAGUCAGGCCACUUUUGCCACCAGCAUCCAAGCAAAGGGGAAGAGACCAGUGCUGAAAAAUUGGAUUUCCCCAAAGCAGUUGCUCCGCGGGGGGUGUCAGUGGAUGUGCCUGUGUUGACGCUCAAAAUCUGCACCCCCCAGUCUGUGGCUCACGCAGCUGAGAUUCUUCCCAGACGCUUACAGAUGUGAGUGAGGAUCCAGAGUCAGGUUCUGGGAAUUCCCAACUUCCCAAAACGGGAAAAAAAAAUGGCUGGGGAAAGGUUGGGUCUGGGGAGGGGGCACUGCUUGUGACCUAGAUCUGCACAAAGUUAGUGGGAAGCCGUGGGGACGUUUUUGCCUUUGCUUGAAAGGGGAGGGGUGUCUGGGGAGGGCAUCUUCUGCCAACGGCUGGGCGGAAGCCGCUCUUUCGAGCAGAAAUCCUUGCACACUUGCACACGGGGAGGCGGCCUUGGCCUGAGUGGGACCUACUAUUGCCUACGCAGGGCCCGCUUGCGUGGCGGUGAUGAGGACUGGACGGACCAGCUGGGAAUCGAGGUUAUGCGAGACGUGGCAUUAUGACCAUGCCUGGCAGAUGUCAGUCAGAUCAUGGCUGGCUUGGGAAAUUCAGCUCUGGAACAUUUUAACUUAAAAUCCUACGCUUUAAAGGUUCAACAUUUAUUGGCGGAACGCUUCCUGAAUCAACGAGAGAUAAGUGCAUUUCAGAAGGAUGGAACCCCCUCUUCUUCCCACCUACCAAAUGUGAAAAAGGGACGCCAACAUGAGUGAUUGACAGCUGCCAGGCAGCGCAUCAGGUCUGCUGACUCUGGUGCGGUUAAUCGGCUUCUGCCCAGCCGAAGCUACCUUAAAGAACUGCCAGGAUCGGGUCUGCUGUAAACAUAUGUAUAGUUUUGCUCGAAGGGACGUCUUGAGAGUUUAUAUUUGAUACUAAGUUAAACAUGUACAGUUUUCUGAAUAUUUAUCGUGUUUAUUUCGGAGAGCAGCUGGUUUGUAAAUUGGUUCCCAGAAAUGAAAACUCCCUGAAGGGUGGGAUUUUGGCAGGGGGCGCGUGGUGGUUCUCGUGGAUCUUGAUUAAAAGCUGCAAUGCUUCCCUGAACAA